AUGGAGGAGAGUGUGAUUUUUCAGUGGAGUGUGUUUAGAUCUCUGCUCGCUAUUCUCCAAUGGUGGGGUUUCAAUGUCACUGUUAUUAUCAUGAACAAAUGGAUCUUCCAGAAACUGGAUUUCAAGUUUCCGCUAUCAGUAUCUUGCAUUCACUUCAUAUGCUCAUCUAUCGGAGCAUAUGUGGUAAUCAAGGUGCUGAAGCUCAAGCCAUUGAUAGUGGUUGAACCUGAAGAUCGCUGGCGAAGGAUAUUUCCCAUGUCGUUUGUGUUCUGCAUCAACAUAGUGCUGGGGAACGUGAGCUUACGUUUCAUUCCAGUUUCGUUUAUGCAAACAAUAAAGUCAUUUACUCCUGCAACCACAGUUGUUUUGCAGUGGCUAGUUUGGAGAAAAUAUUUUGACUGGCGAAUUUGGGCUUCUUUGGUCCCAAUUGUUGGAGGAAUACUUUUAACAUCUGUCACUGAACUUAGUUUUAAUAUGUUUGGAUUUUGUGCUGCCUUAUUUGGAUGUUUGGCUACUUCAACUAAGACUAUUCUCGCAGAAUCUCUGUUGCAUGGAUAUAAAUUUGACAGCAUAAACACUGUGUACUACAUGGCACCUUUUGCAACCAUGAUCUUGGGAUUACCAGCAAUAUUGGUUGAAGGUGGCGGGGUUAUAAAUUGGUUUUACACCCAUGAUUCUGUCGGGUCUGCCCUCAUCAUCAUUUUCAGCUCUGGGGUGCUGGCGUUUUGUCUCAACUUCUCCAUUUUUUAUGUGAUUCAUUCUACAACUGCAGUAACAUUUAAUGUUGCUGGAAAUCUUAAGGUUGCAUUUGCCGUUCUAGUUUCCUGGCUGAUAUUCCGGAACCCAAUUUCUGCUAUGAAUGCUGUUGGAUGUGCCAUUACACUUGUGGGAUGUACGUUUUAUGGGUAUGUGAGGCACUUGCUCUCCCAACAGCCCCCCCACCAGGAACUCCUCGGACGCCCAAGACUCCAAGGAAUCGGAUGGAACUACUUCCGCUUGUAA